GCGUAUGUAGUGAUAAGAUUAGAUUUAAUAACGGUUAACAGUGUAUUUAUUAAAUGCAUCAUAUUUACUCGGAUGUCAGUAUAUGAAAUAAUUGUGACCAUAGAUUUGGAAAUAAUAUAAGCGGUAAGAAGUGGUGGCGCUAAAUUUGUCGCGUUUUGUUAAUUGGCGUAUAUUGGAUGGCGAUACAAAAGAAUGCGGGACUUUCGCAUAUAUCAAGGGAAAUGUAGUUUUCACCGGGUUUAAAGAUACCCUAUGUCCUCCAGCCUCUGAAUUAUUUGUAUGUUCGUGAAUAUUUCGAGAAGAUUCAAGAGAUCUUAUUCAAAGCGUUUAAGUGGACUACUGUGGACAGUGUUGUGCAAUCAAAGACAAAUCUGCUCUGAACUGUGCCAAGCUUGCAACUCGAACACUCGAGAUCUAGUGAAAGUCCGUAAUUUCCUCUAUUUGUGUGGGAGAGUCCGAGCAAAGUGGAAAACAAAGAAGAGCUUAGAAACAAUGGACCACCUGUUCCGGCAGCGGAGGAUUAGCGUACCCAAGCGGACGAGCGAACUUGUGGCGUUGGUGGCGGUAUCUUGCACCCUGUUCCUGUUCCUCCACACUCGGGACCUGAGCACCAAGCUGCGCCGCAUGCAGGGCCGCCUCAACGAUGACGUCACGGCGUUCAACCACCUCACUGAAAGACAAACAGAUCACGUGUUCGCUUCCGCUCAGGAAUACAAGGAGGCUUUGGAAGCGAUACGAAGACACACCGGUGUUGAGCGCAGUAAACCACAGCGAACACUAGAGGCAGAACAAGAAGAUUCUCAGCAAGACAUAGAGGACGAUUACGUAGACGAGUUGGUGGUGCCCGAGCCCUGGGAGCUGAACAACACGGCGAGAGCGGGCGUGGAGACCAUCUUCUUCAACAGGGUGCCCAAGGUCGGCAGCCAGACUUUCAUGGAACUGCUUCGCCAGUUAGCAUUGAGGAAUUCGUUUGGGUUCAUACGCGACUCAGUUCAGCGGGUGGAAACCAUCCGGCUGUCUCCUCCAGACAGGCAGGUGCUCGCCAACCUGAUCUCCGCGUACACACCACCAGCCUCGUACAUCAAGCAUGUCUGCUACACUAAUUUCAGCAGUUUCGGGCUCCCAACUCCUAUCUACAUCAACGUGGUUAGGGACCCAGUGGAACGUAUCAUCUCCUGGUAUUACUACGUGAGGGCGCCCUGGUACUAUGUUGAGAGGAAACGGGCCUUCCCGGACCUCCCCCUACCGGACCCCGCCUGGUUGAAAAAGGAUUUCGAAACGUGCGUGCUGAGCGGAGACCGCGAGUGCCGUUUCAUAGAGGGCGAGACUCAUGAGGGCAUCGGAGAUCAUCGACGCCAGACACUGUUCUUCUGCGGACAUGAUCCAGAGUGCCUACCAUUCAACAGCGAAGAAGCGUUACAACGCGCGAAGCGCGUGGUGGAACAAGAGUACGCCGUAGUAGGUGUGCUAGAAGAUAUGAAUGCUACUCUUCUGGCUUUGGAGCGGUACAUACCACGCUUCUUCACUGGAGCCACGCAGCUUUACUGGGACGGGCUAACCGCAUUCAACCGCAUCAACCGCAACGCUUUCAAGCCGCCAGUUUCAGACGCCGUCAAACAGAUAGUCCGAGCCAACUUCACCAGGGAGAUUGAAUUCUACGAGUUCUGCAAGCAGAGGCUUCACAUGCAGCUGCGAGCUUUGAGGGACCCCACGAUAAAACUACCAACACCCAGGACUAGAAGACGAAGGGCCCAGAAGAGGUCCAUAGGUAGACGCUAAUUCCACACAGCCAUUUGUUGACUGAAUGUUAAUUUUAAAGUUAAAUGCAUUGUCGCAUUUCUUCGCAACGGGUGUUAUGUUGGUUCUCGUUUAUGUCAUGAAUUGGACACACAUUCUCCCAUCAGAUUGGGAAUGCCAAUCUUAGAAUUGAAUUAUUAAGAUUUUUGUGGCUAAUACGUUAAGAAAUUACGGCUGUUUCCCCAAAACUAUUGUGUUAAAGAGGUGUUAUACGUAUCGAAAUUGUACUGCGAUUUUUGAUCAGAAAUUACUCGUCCUUUUCCUAAACCACAAUUUCCGUAAUUGAUAUACUUAUGAGAAGUACUUAAGUAAAAACGUCCAUAAAAUAAUUUGUCAGGGAAUUUGACAUUUCCGAGCUGUAUUUAGUAAAGGUUUUAAUGCGAUGGUGCAUUUGUUCUAGUUUUAUCGGGUCCCCUAGAUUAAGAUACCAUGUAGUGUGUCUAACCGACGAUAUACGGUAAAUAAAUCAGCUUGGAAGAUAUAUUACAGGCAACUGAGUGCGGGCAACAGAGCUGAGAGCUCUAACAGCUUGAAGAUAUAUUUUUAAUUCAGACAAUAGAAUAAUGAUCCAACCUUUGUUAGGCUCCCGAAUUCAUUGAGGUCAGACGUAGGUCGCUCCAUUACGGAACAAAGAAAGGAAGUUUGGUGAUUUUCCAUUUUUGGAUAGUUUUCAAGUGAAGUCCGGUCUUUUCCCUGGGGAAACUCAAUCGGGUCACACAACAAAAGGAAGGUAGGUGAUAGGUUUCCCUGUAGGCUGCAUAAAGAAGACUAACCAUAGUUGCUAAUAUAAUAGUUUACUUCUAUUUUCUGUUAACGUGAGUGGUUAGUGCAAUAGUAACAAAAUGUAUUAAGUGGCUAGUUCAGCGAACUUUAUUUAAUUAAGUGUAUCUUUGUUAAACUAACGUGUACUUUUUAUGUUAUUAGAUAAGUUAUUUAUACAUUAUUUAUAGUCACAAUAAAGCCAUGAAUCUACCGCUUUGAGGCUAUAAAAUAACAUACAAGAAUACCUACGAUACGAUCCACAGACACUUUGUUUUCAAAGGGUACCAAAUUUCAAAAGUAUCAAUAUUUCGAAUAAUUGGCUGUGACAGUUGGAGAGACAACAAAAAUUUGUUUGAUCCUAUAAGGGAUCUGUAUUGUUCAUUUUGAGAACCGUUCCACAAAGU